CUCGUGCCGUGGCGCAGGAUGUUCAGAGGGGCUAGCAUGACGGUGCUCAAGGUCUCGAAAUAUGCCGUCGUCGGUGCCUUGCGGGCGCUCAUUCCCGAGCCCGACCCUGAAUUCAUGGACCUCGAUGACGAUGACGAUGACGACGAGCCCGGAGAUGCCCCAGCGCAAAAGUACCCCCCGCUCCCUUUCCUCGAGACGCUCGUCGUCGACAGCUCCAUGCUUGGAUGCAACCAUUGGCAGAGGAACCAAUGGCAGCCGGAACCGCUCGUGUUCCCGUUGCUGAGGACUGUGUUGGGAGAGAGGAUGGAGUCCGGGUUCGCGCUGAAGACACUGGUGCUCCAGCAUUGCGAGUGCGGGAGACAGUACGUGGAGUCGUUGUCGGCGUUCGCGAAGAAUGUAGUGUUUAACAGCGGAGGUGCUAUCGUGGAGAGAGAACUGUGAUCGAUGAGUUCGUGAUGGACGCUGUGACCGUAUAAUCCGUGUAUCAUCAAUCAGCCUCUUUGUACUCGACUGACUUGCGACCAGGUUCUGUACCAAUGACAUACCGAGAAGGACUUACCGGAAU